AUGGAAGGGGACUCACUAAGCCCGGGUAAGAUCCUUGCGCUCGAUUACAACACUCGGCAGUCACUACUUUACCAGCUAGCACGGGUUGUUAAAGCUUUCCAGGUUUAUCGACUCCCUGAAACCGUUAGCCUGCCGAACCUACUCUUCUGUCGCGCAAAUAACAGCCUAAGUGCGGUUCUAGACUUCGACCUCGCUCAUAUUGGUGCGCCAAUCUCCGAGUACCUAUUUUACUUCUGGGAUCUAGAUGGUUUACUACCUGGAAGCUCCGACGAUCCUAUUGAUUCCCCACGCAACUAUAUCUUGAAAGGAUUUCCAUCUCUGGAGAAAGGGGUCGACUAUCCGGAAGGGUUUGAGCUCAGGAACAAGACUGAGGCUGCAUCUUCGUCUGCAGCGGUGUCCAGCCAGGCUGCCGCCGCCGCAACUGGCGAAUACAAGUGGAAACUUGCUCGAGCAUGGGAUAAUGCUUUGUCUGACGUAGGAGCUAAAAAGCCCUCGACGAUCGACAAAGCGGGAGAUAUAGCAGAUAUAUGGUGGUUCUCUCAAGAUUUGUGCGAGGCCUAUUGGUUUAUGGACACCUUUUUGGAGAAGAAGUCACCGGAGAAGCUGGAGGAGUUGAAAGCUGAGAGUGCCAGCAAGCUAGAGAGAUAUUUGGCACAGUGGGGCUUUUAA